UACACAACAAAAAUGGCGGCGCGCUGUAGGAGCCUGAUGAGGUCGACAUUGCAAGGGUUGUAUGGGCUAUCAAACAGGACGUUGUGGCGAGGAUCUCACUCGGAGCAGAGAGUUUCCCUCAGACUGCAGGAAAAUGUUUUACACAGCAGAGCUUUACACUGUGGACAUCAUACUUUACAAACAAUCACAAAGACGGAGCCUCCAAGAGUUAUGAACACACAGAAAGCAGCUGAACCUGAAAAUAAAAUCAACCAACAAAAGAGAGAAGAAGAAGAGGAGGAAGAAGAAGAUAACAGUCCCGAGUACAUGCCCAAAGGAAAGGCCAAAAAUCCCAUGAUGAAGAUUGGAUAUGCAUGGAUGAUUGGCCUGCCUUCUGGGAUCAUCGGCUUUAUUCUGGCAAAGAGACAAGUGGACAAGAACCGACUGAAACAGCUGAAAAUCCGACAGAGGAUGAAGAGAGCCAACGAGGGAGAUUAUGAAACAAACCGAUAUAAAGCAGCCACUGGGAUGGAGUAAAGCUUAAUUUCUGUGAAAGACAAAUGGCUUCAUUGGGCACUUACGAUUGGGUUGCCAUGGAAACAGUGAACUGCGUAUAUAAAGACAUUCUAGAAAGCAAGCAUUUAUAGCAGUGGACCUGUUGAUCUAAUGAAUGUGGAGCUGAAGACUUUGGUUUUGGUGGCUGUGACAAAUAAAGGAAGUGUAAAUUAAGCAUCAAAAUGAAUUAGGAAUUUCAGUGUUGCCCUGUUAGACAUUGUGUAAACAUUUUGAAGCAACUGCAAUAGGAGAAAUACAGAAAAACUGAAUUAAAAUCUAUUAAAUAAGUGAACAA